AUGACUGCAUAUUACAACACACCAUCAGUUUCCCAUCUUAUAAAAGCUGUACCGGAAUCUGACCGGACAUGGGCAGAGACCCUCCUACCCCAGACACCAGACACCAACCCUCCUACCCCAGACUCCAACCCUCCUACCCCAGACUCCAACCCUCCUACCCCAGACUCCAACCCUUCUACCCCAGACUCCAACCCUUCUACCCCAGACUCCAACCCUUCUACCCCAGUCACCAGACUUCAACCCUUCUACCCCAGUCACCAGACUCCAACCCUUCUACCCCAGACUCCAACCCUCCUACCCCAGACACCAGACUCCAACCCUUCUACCCCAGACUCCAACCCUCCUACCCCAGUCACCAGACUCCAACCCUUCUACCCCAGACUCCAACCCUCCUACCCCAGUCACCAGACUCCAACCCUUCUACCCCAAUCACCAGACUCCAACCCUUCUACCCCAGUCACCAGACUCCAACCCUUCUACCCCAGACUCCAACCCUCCUACCCCAGACACCAGACUUCAACCCUACUACCCCAGACACCAGACUCCAACCCUUCUACCCCAGACUCCAACCCUCCUACCCCAGUCACCAGACUCCAACCCUCCUACCCCAGACUCCAACCCUCCUACCCCAGACACCAGACUUCAACCCUUCUACCCCAGUCACCAGACUCCAACCCUCCUACCCCAGACACCAGACUUCAACCCUACUACCCCAGACACCAGACUCCAACCCUUCUACCCCAGACUCCAACCCUCCUACCCCAGUCACCAGACUCCAACCCUCCUACCCCAGACUCCAACCCUUCUACCCCAGACACCAGACUUCAAUCCUUCUACCCCAGACACCAGAUUCCAACCCUCCUACCCCAGACACCAGACUCCAACCCUCCUACCCCAGACUCCAACCCUUCUACCCCAGACACCAGACUUCAACCCUUCUACCCCAGACACCAGAUUCCAACCCUCCUACCCCAGACACCAGACUCCAACCCUCCUACCCCAGACUCCAACCCUCCUACCCCAGUCACCAGACUCCAACCCUUCUACCCCAGUCACCAGACUCCAACGCUUCUACCCCAGACUCCAACCCUCCUACCCCAGUCACCAGACUCCAACCCUUCUACCCCAGACUCCAACCCUCCUACCCCAGACACCAGACUUCAACCCUACUACCCCCAGACACCAGACUUCAACCCUCCUACCCCAGACACCCAGACUCCAACCCUUCUACCCCAGUCACCAGACUCCAACCCUUCUACCCCAGACUCCAACCCUCCUACCCCAGACACCAGACUUCAACCCUUCUACCCCAGACACCAGAUUCCAACCCUCCUACCCCAGACACCAGACUCCAACCCUCCUACCCCAGACUCCAACUCUCCUACCCCAGUCACCAGACUCCAACCCUUCUACCCCAGUCACCAGACUCCAACCCUUCUACCCCAGACUCCAACCCUCUUACCCCAGUCACCAGACUCCAACCCUUCUACCCCAGACUCCAACCCUCCUACCCCAGACACCAGACUUCAACCCUACUACCCCCAGACACCAGACUUCAACCCUCCUACCCCAGACACCAGACUCCAACCCUUCUACCCCAGUCACCAGACUCCAACCCUUCUACCCCCAGACUCCAACCCUCCUACCCCAGACACCAGACUUCAACCCUUCUACCCCAGACUCCAACCCUUCUACCCCAGUCACCAGACUUCAACCCUUCUACCCCAGACACCAGAUUCCAACCCUCCUACUCCAGAUUCCAACCCUCCUACUCCAGACUCCAACCCUCAACCCUCCCCUACUCAGAGGCCAGACUCCAACCCUCCUACUCCAGACUCCAACCCUCCUACUCCAGAGGACAGACUCCAACCCUCCUACUCCAGAGGACAGACUCCAACCCUCCUACUCCAGAGGCCAGACUCCAACCUUCCUACUCCAGAGGACAGACUCCAACCCUCCUACACCAGAGGCCAGACUCCAACCCUCCUACCCCGGAGGCCAGACUCCAACCCUCCUACUUCAGACUCCAACCCUCCUACUCCAGAGGCCAGACUCCAACCUUCCUACUCCAGAGGCCAGACUCCAACCCUCCUACUCCAGAGGCCAGACUCCAACCCUCCUACCCCGGAGGCCAGACUCCAACCCUCCUACUCCAGAGGCCAGACUCCAACCCUCCUACUCCAGAGGCCAGAUUCCAACCCUCCUACUCCAGAGGCCAGACUCCAACCCUCCUACCCCGGAGGCCAGACUCCAACCCUCCUACUCCAGAGGCCAGACUCCAACCCUCCUCCCCCGGAGGCCAGACUCCAACCCUCCUACUCCAGAGGCCAGACUCCAACCCUCCUACUCCAGAGGCCAGACUCCAACCUUCCUACUCCAGAGGACAGACUCCAACCCUCCUACCCCGGAGGCCAGACUCCAACCCUCCUACUCCAGAGGCCAGACUCCAACCCUCCUACACCAGAGGCCAGACUCCAACCCUCCUACUCCAGAGGCCAGACUCCAUUAUCUUUUGCUACCCAUUCCUGGCACUACAGUCCUUCUAUAGAGACUGAGGCCAGUCCAUUUUGA